CCAUCCUUCAUGUUCUAACCUAGCUAUAAUCUUCAACUCUCACUAUCCAUUCUUCCCUCCCCAUUAUUCCUCAACGCUUCGCCGGCGAUUCCCCUCUAGACUCUAGCGUUCGCCAUGGAUGCCCGCCCCAUGUUUCAAUCAAUCCUGAGUCAAAAUCAAGAGCAACAAAUAGGGAAGUACUCAAUGAGCUCAUCAAGUUGCAUGGGAAGACAUCUCUUGGUGGCAAAUUGCCUGCUUAUGAUGGAAGAAAAAGUCUCUAUACUGCUGGUUCACUCCCUUUUGAAUCGGAGGAGUUUGUGGUUAAGCUAAUUGAUCCCGAAAAGAAGGAUAAAGAAAGGGCGGAGAGGGAGUACAAGAUCACAAUUCGGAUUGCUGGCAGAACAGACUUCUACCACCUCCAGCAGUUUUUGCUUGGAAGACAGAGGGAUAUGCCCCAAGAAACCAUUCAAGUCAGUCAUUGAUGUUGUCCUCAGUUAUGUCACAGUGUCCAGAUCCUUCUUCUCUACCCAGUUUGGUCACCGGGGUGACAUUGGUGAGGGACUUGAGUGUUGGAGAGGUUACUAUCAGAGCCUGCGCCCAACACAGAUGGGCCUUUCGCUGAAUAUAGAUAUAUCUGCAACAUCAUUUUUUAAGCCUGUGACAGUGAUCCAAUUUGUGGAGGAGUUCCUGAACAUACGUGACACCUCAAGACCUUUGUCAGACCGGGAUCGUGUGAAGAUAAAGAAAGCAUUACGUGGGGUUCGCAUUGAAACAAACCACCAAGAGGACCAAAUCAGAAGAUACAAAAUAACAGGGAUUACCCCCAUUCCUAUGAGCCAGCUGAUAUUUCCUGUUGAUGAUAAUGGGACAAGGAAGACUGUUGUUCAGUACUUCUGGGAUAGGUACAAUUACAGACUGAAGUAUGCUUCUUGGCCCUGCCUACAGUCUGGCAGUGAUUCUCGUCCUGUAUACUUGCCUAUGGAGGUGUGCAAGAUUGUAGAAGGGCAGAGGUACUCCAAGAAGCUUAACAACAAACAGGUGACCAACAUCCUUAGAGCAACCUGUCAACGCCCCCAGCAGAGGGAACAGAGAAUUCAUGAGAUGGUUCUCCACAACAAGUAUACAGAUGAUAGGUUUGCUCAGGAGUUCGGCAUCAAGGUCUGCAAUGACCUAGUCUCUGUUCCAGCCCGUGUGCUGCCUCCACCCAUGUUGAAGUAUCAUGAUUCUGGAAGGGAGAAAACUUGUGCACCCAGUGUUGGACAGUGGAACAUGAUUAACAAGAAAAUGAUCAAUGGAGGAACUGUGGAUAACUGGACAUGUCUGAGUUUUUCACGAAUGCGUCCAGAGGAGGUACAAAGGUUCUGUGGUGACCUGAUUCAGAUGUGCAAUGCCACUGGAAUGUCUUUCAAUCCAAGACCAGUUGUGGAUGUCCGGUCAUCAAAUCCUAACAAUAUAGAGAAUGCUCUGAGGGAUGUUCACAGCAGAACAUCAGAACUGCUAGCCAGAGAGGGAAAGGGAGGCCUGCAGCUUUUAAUUGUAAUUCUGCUUGAAGUUAGUGGUUCUUAUGGGAAAAUUAAAAGGGUAUGUGAGAAUGACCUUGGCAUUGUAUCUCAAUGUUGUUUGCCAAGGCAUGCCAGCAGGCCGAACAAGCAAUAUUUGGAAAAUGUUGCACUCAAAAUCAAUGUCAAGGUCGGAGGGCGCAACACUGUUCUUGAGCGAGCCUUUAUCCGCAAUGGCAUACCAUUUGUGUCAGAAGUCCCAACAAUCAUCUUUGGUGCUGAUGUCACACACUCCACUGGAGAGGACUCUGCAUCAUCUAUUGCUGCGGUUGUGGCAUCAAUGGAUUGGCCUGAAAUCACCAAAUACCGAGGUCUGGUCUCUGCUCAAUCACAUAGACAGGAGAUAAUAGAAGAUCUCUUUAGUGUUGGUAAAGAUCCAGUGAAGGUUGUAAAUGGUGGGAUGAUCAGGGAGUUCCUUAUCGCAUUCCGCAAGAAGACUGGCAGAAGGCCUGAGAGGAUAAUCUUCUAUAGAGAUGGUGUAAGUGAAGGUCAGUUCAGCCGUGUGCUUCUUCAUGAAAUGGAUGCCAUCAGAAAGGCUUGUGCAUCUUUGGAGGAGGGAUAUCUACCACCUGUCACAUUUGUAGUAGUCCAGAAAAGGCAUCACACAAGGCUUUUCCCAGAGGUUCAUGGGAGGCGAGACAUGACUGACAAGAGCGGAAACAUCCUUCCUGGAACUGUCAAGGACCGCCAGAUUUGCCAUCCUACAGAGUUCUAUUUCUACCUGUGUAGCCAUGCUGGCAUACAGGGUACUAGCAGGCCAACUCAUUACCAUGUCCUUUAUGAUGAGAACCAUUUUACAGCUGAUGAACUUCAGACCCUGACCAACAAUCUUUGCUAUAUCUAUGCACGAUGCACCCAUGCAGUGUCUGUGGUCCCACCGGCCUAUUAUUCUCAUCUUGCUGCAUCACAUGCACACUGCUGCAUUAAAGGACAUAGUUCAGGUAGUGGCUCAACCCCUGGCAAUGAGCAUGACAUAGUUAAAAAUUCUGCUCCAACACUCCAGAUCCUUGUCAAAGUGCUGGACUUCCAAAUAGUUCCACUGACAAUGAAACUGAAGUCUUCAGCUGAAGACAUUGUAGCUUUAGCUCUAUCAAAACAUCGCGUCUCUCUGCAUGAUGUCUAUGUCUACCAUGGUAGGCGAGUUAUUGCCAAGAGCUUGACUCUUGAAUCUUUAAAAGCAGACAGGGAUUCAACUUUUCUUAUAAUGCCACGUAUGAGGGGUGGAUGCAAUGAUACGAUUGGCGGUUUCAAGUGCAUUCCUUUAGAACAACAUAUCAGAUCAUUAGGUGAUUCCCUUUUUGAAAUCAUAUGGAUACCACCAGAUCUGCGAGUGAGCGGGUUCUGUUCAUAUCUUAUCAUACUUGGAAAACCAGCAAGAAAAAUCAUCUGCCAACUUUUAAAGUUGUUGGAGAUUAUCCAUGCUGCCAACAGAUUUGCUUCCAGGUUUACAAUAGCUGAUCUGGUGUUCCUCCCUGAUCUGGGUUGUAUAGCUUUUAAGAAAGGAGUAAAAAUAAGGUGGAACCUCAGGAGAGAGGAGUACAAACUCAACAUGGGUGAUGUAGCUAGCAUAAUUAGCUGCUGGUUCAGGUUUAACCGCAGGAAGCUUGAAGCGCUGGAAGCAGGGAUCCAUGAGCUUCGUCCUGGCCAAGGUGACUCUCCAAUGUUUGUUGAUAUAUUAGUUAAGGAUCUUAGAAGCCCCACACAUGAGACUGGUCUCAGUGCCAAUUAUAGAGGUUUCUACAAAAAUUGUAGUGCUCUGAGAUCUUGUUCGGCCCACAUGAAUUUGUUCACCUCUUUGGACAUUCGUAAGGACUUCAUGGUUGGUUCUGCUGAUUGGGGUAAUUUUGUCAAGGCUUUGGGUGAUAUCAAACUUCCAGGCUGGUAUCGUACUGCUAUGCGAUCACCUGAAAUGAGGAAAGUACUCUUCUUUGAGUUUAAUGAUCCACAUACUGGGGAGUUACGAGGCAAAAGAUAUCGUGCCUUAUCAGUUUUUUCAUGGCUUGAAUUUGCGCGGAUAUUUAUUAAGCACAUGAAGAAAGGGCUGUGUACCGAUAAACAGGCAACAGCACUUCUCUGUGUGAUAUUCUCGAAUAUUGUACCUGUUGUGGAGAAGAAACUUACUUACAGUUACAGGCCACCAGCUAAGGAGAAGAGCAAUGAAAGCUUUACAGUUGAAGAAAUCCUGGACCCAUCAUAGUCAUAGAUGUCGGAGGAAAGACAGAAUGUUGCUGUAAGCUACAAAUCUCAGUAUGGUUGGAGGAUGACUCUGCAAAGGUUGGAGUAUGUAUGACAAAGCGCGAAGAAAAAGCUUUCAAGGAAAGGGUUUCUGAAGUUUUUAUUGGUUUGAACAGAUCCUGGAAAUGAAUUCAUAUGGAUGGGGAGCUAUAUCAGUUGUAGAAGUUCUUUUUUUCCUUAAGUUUUCUGUGUUUGUCAGUUUAGCCUGGUAGUGAUAGACUGAUAGAUCCUGAUGAUGUAGCUGUGUGUUAGUUUGAACGAUUUUCUGUUUUUAAGCUUUUUGUUCGAUGCCCUGGAACUGUCCAGGCAUGAGUGACCUUGUAGAAACUUUCACAUUUCUUUUAAUAGAAAUGGAGGGGUAUUGCCCUUUUGAUAAAGAAAAAGGGAUAUAAUAUGUUGGGCUGGUAUUCCUGUUGAUUUCAAUUAUUCUUUUUAUAGGGCAAGCAAGGGUUAAAUAUGGUAAAGGUCAAGUAGUUGCUUUGUUAGCUGUCGUGACUUGAAGCUUAUGAUUGAUUUUUUUUGACGCAAAUCGAAAUAUUCUGUUUGACGCAAUGAUUGAUUUGAAAUGAUGUGUUUUUUAGCAACAAAUUCCUUUUCAAACUUUUGACUUUGGUUUUUCGUGUAUUUUCUCUACAGAUGCAGUGGAAGAUGAUUGAAUGUCUUCCUGGAACAUGUGCAAGAAAUUGUUAAUCAUCUGCACCCCUCAAGGACUGAGUGUUGGUUAAAAGUAGUUGUUCCCUGCCUCCCUGGGAGUUAGGGCUUUAGUAGAGUUUAGCGUUACUAGUUCUCAGGAGGAAUGAUGUCCAGUGCCUUUCGUUAAGAGUUGUGUAGAAACUGAGGUGGUCGAGUAAUCUUCUCUGCUGAGCGUUUUCGUUUUUUAGCUGGAGUACCCAGCCUAAACUUGGUUUCCCUUUAAAGCUGGCAAUACAAGCUGACUCUGUUUCCGUUUAAA